AGUAGACUACGACUUGGACAACGCAUUUAUGAUGUGCGGUGGCAAAGUGAAGAGAAGUGGUAGGGAUACCGAUGGGCAAAACCACCAUUCGGAUUUUUCCCAUUGUGACAUGCGCAAUGGCGGAGAGGAAGUUCCUGGCAACGUUGGGUGCGGAUAGAACAUUGGUGAGGGGAUGGAGUGUGGUGGAAGAUGUGUCCAUAAUUGUUGGAUAUAGGGGCGGAGGCUCUUACGGAAAGGCGAAAGAGAUUAUUAGGAAGUUUGAGGGGGCGUACAAUUGGAAUCUGCUCCUCGUAAGGAAGGAUGAGGGGGUGAACGUGUGGCGCUUUGUCGGUGGUACGAUGAUGCUGAUGGAAGAUCCGGUCCAAGAUCCAGAGCAGAUGCUGUCGAGAUCAAAAGGUGCUGCAAUGCCAAGUGAAGUGGAGGAAUGGCUAAGGAGGGUUGAAUCCCAUCAUCGGCAACGCUUGAAUGCCGAAGCCAGAGAAUGGCUGUUCGUCGUACCAGAGGAAGAAGGGGAAGGAAUCCUUCGGCGGCUCUAUUGCGAGGAAAGUCCAGGAGACCUCUCCUCCGCAAUCAUGUAUGCGAUUCAUGGAAGCCACUCAGUGGAUCAUGCUGCUGUUCACUGUGCGGAGGAUAGGCAGCAGGCAUUGUACAUGGUGGAGCAGCCCGACACGGAUUGUGAAGAAGACGUGGUACAGCGUGGUGGAUCAUCUUCUGAGGCUGGUGAUUCAGACGGGUGGUCCUGCGUUGAUUAUCAGGAAAGCUCUGGCAGUAGCUAUGUGUAUCACGAGGGGUCCGGAGAAAGUGAUAGCCCUUAUCCAGGGGUACCUCAUGCCGGUUCCUCUACGAGGUUGCAAGGUGGUAGGUUGCGCUCUCCGUCCCUUGUCUCUGAGCCUGCCUCCUGUGUAUCUGCGGCGAGUGAGCGCUCAGGGAGUGUUUCUCCUGAUUCAGCCGAAAGGCGAUCUCCAUUUGGUUGUCAGCAAGACGGAGGAGAAUACGAGUACCAGUCACCAGAAGCUGGGCCCCGAGCCCAUCAGUGGGGCUCCACACAGUUGCAGGGGAAUCAUCUUCGUCAUGUUGCGCGUGCGGAGCGUAAUCAGCCCGAAAGCCCUUCGCUGGCUUAUUGGCAUACAGACGUCCAGAGUCCUGAGCUGCUGUCCUCGCCAAUUCAUGAUCCUGAGGCGGUGUCCUCGCCAAUUCGUACUCCUGAGGUGGUGUCCUCGCCAAUUUGUGGUCCUGUGCCAGUGUCCUUCCCAAUUCACGAAGGAUCGGUGUGCAGCUGGACUACAGCGUUUGGUGAACUGGACUUCAGAAAACGUAUCUUGAUAAUGUGGUAUUUUGAAGAAGAAAGCGAUGCUUCUACUAGUAUCCCGAUAAAGAAGCUGAAGGAGUGGAGUGACAAGGCAAUUGGAUACGCCAUGGUUGAGAAGGGAAUCCGCAGAAUGCCAGGCGCACGGCGCGAAAAGAGGAUUGAGUUCAGCAAUGCUGGAUACUGUGCCGCGAGGGUUGCAGGGGCUGGAAGAUUUCUGAGGGUGGGUUUGGAAAACAAUCACAAAAUGACGGAGAGGUCCUUCAGAGAUCAUCAGGAAUACUUGAAAAGAGGUUUUUCUUUGUGUCAAAGGAAGUACGAAUUCUUCGUUUACAAAGAUGACCUCCAGGACUGCUUUUUCUUUGCAACGGAGACAUAUUCAAGUUAUGAUCGCCAUGAUGAUAUGUAUUUAAAGUUCAAAACGUGCGAGGACGUUUGGGAUUACUUCGGGGAUUUUCGAAGUGCGAAGUACUUCGCUAAGUUUGCCAAGAGGUUACAGCUAAUAUUUUCUCCAACACACCCAGCAUUCGAGCUGAGCGAAGAAUGGAUUGCCAUUGUUGAUGAUAUAAGCCUCAAGGAUCAUGAUGGAUAUUCAUCAAUAGCGACGGAUGGAAAUGGUCUAAUUAAGAGAUCUCUUCUGGAGAAAGUGGAAGGAAAGGUGAUCAGGGGAAUGUUUGGCAGGAAGAAUCAAGCGGAUUAUGACCAACCUGCAGUGAUUCAAGUUCGGGCGUACUGGAAUAGGCAUGUGGGAAAAGGAACACUGACCGUGGUUGAUAAGAUGCCAAGGAAGUUUGGGCCCCACAAGAUGCCUGAAGGGAAGUUGAUCGUCUUCACACGUUCUAUGGUCAAGAUUCAACCGGCCAUGGUCCGUGGUGAACCAGCGACGCCUCAGCGAGCACGCCAUAAUUGCUUGGAGAUCAAUGAGACAAGUCACAAGCCUGCGACAGCUAAUUUGAGUCAAUACAUUAUUCUCCUCCUCCGCUGGCAUGGUGUGCCUGAAGAAUUCUUUCUUCGUCUUGUGAAAAACACCGUUGAUGACAUUUUGACAACCCAUGAGCAUCCACAUGAAGCGAUGAAAGUUCUUCUCAGAUACGUGAGCGGCAAUUCAUGCUACCGUGAGGAGAAGCUUCUCGAUAUGCUGUUUUCGGAGUUUCAACCUGGUGAACCAUUUCUUAAGCGAAGCAUUGAGAAUUACCUAAGGCUUGAGCUGAAGAGAAUAUCUCGUGGCAAACUACGGCUGCCAAAUUCCUAUAGCCUUAUAGGCGUUGCUGAUUUCACAGGGCGGCUUCAGCCAAAUGAGGUUAUUGUUAUCAUGAAGGAUGGACCAGUUGCUGGGUGUGAUGUGCUGGUUUACAAGCACCCCGGAUACCACCCGGAGGACAUGAAGAAGAUGAAGGCAACUGCAGAUUAUGGAAUCAUAAGAGACCUUGGAAUUGGUGCUGGCAGAUAUUGCAUCAUUUUCUCAACUCAAGGACCUCGGUCCAUCACCGACCAGAUGGCAGGAAGUGACCUUGAUGGUGACAAGUACUGGGUGUGUUUUAACCAUGAGCUGGUGUGUUCCUUUGAAGGUGGAGGGGGAGAAUCUUUCAAGCCUCCCGAAAAACCAGCACUGGAAACGCCCAACCUGCGCAACUUUCACCAGACAGAAAUUCAAGAGCAAAUGAUCAAAGACUUUCUGACAGCCAAGCAGGGAAGGGUGGUGCUUUCAGAUGCAGCAACAUCAUGGCUUGCCUGGGCAGAUCUGCUUGUGCCACUCAAGGAAGCUGAGAAACUGAGCCCUGUGAAACAAAAUACCAAUGACGGUGUGAGACAAAGAUGCGCUCGUCUACAGGAAAUAUGCUAUUCCGCGGUUGAUGCUCCGACGACAGGGGAGAAGGUGGAGAGUGUUCCGGAUGACCUGAGGGCUCCAUUUUCAAUGGAGUAUUUGAAGAAAGAAAAGAAUUUAAAGAAUGGUUCUAGCACUCAGUCUGAGGCAGGUCAUUAUUCGACGACACCCAUCCGCAAUGCUGCACAGGCGAUUAUGGACGGAUGGAAUCGAAUCCCUCCAAUGCCCCUAGAAAAAGAUGGGAAGACGCAUACGACAACGCUUGGCAAAAUUUUCGACUCUGUUCGAAACUCUGAUCAUUCGCGAG